AUGGCUACAGAUAGUGUGACGCGUUUGGAACAGAAGGAGAGCACCUUCAAAUUUAAUUUCUUUUACAUUUUGGGAAAAAUAGCACGUAGUGAGCGUUUUAUAAAGUCCGUAUUCCAUUGUAUGACAAAUUGUUAUUUUAAAUUGCAGUUUAAAAAUAUCUUUAAAAAUUUUUUAGUAUUUUUUUUAAAUCGAAUUUUGAAUAACUUUUCACUUUGCCCUUAUCGUGGUUCAUAUUUUUAUGGACCUUCUGGCCCUCACAUGCAUCCCCGUCAUAUUGAUGCUCGUCUUCUCCUUACUAACCACCAGGACCAUCACCAAUGCAAUGCAGAAGAAGCUCACGGAGAUGAAAAUGGAAACUUCAAUGAAGAAAUGCCAGAAAACUCGAUGAAAAUUGUGUCACUCUUGUUAAAUGCUUUAAUUGUUUUCGUGGUCACAUCGCUACCAGAAAUCCCUAGUAGUAUUCUUAAGACUUAUGUGAUGUUAAAUGAGGUAGAGGAAGUUAAUUAA